CUGUUGAAGUGGCCGGCUAUUGAACCAUGCCCCAGCCCGGGCCCCAGGACAGCUGAGUCCACAGAGAGGAGCUCAUCUUUGGGAAGUAGGGCCUUAAAACAAAACUUCAUAUAUUGUGGUUUUCAGCUGCAGGACAGAAGGAGUGAGUGGAAAGAGGAGCAACCUCAGAAGACUGGAGACAAAGAGACAAGAGAGAUGAGUCCUGAGCACUGCAGCUCGGUGAAGACACAACACAAUACACACGUGAAACUAUAACUGAAGGAAACACACCCCCACUGCUGGUAACACAAAGAAGGGAGGCCUGGGGGGACUUGGAGGGAGCACCAGUAGCUGUCCAUCAAUCCAUCUAACCAGCUAGCAGCGAUGCAGGGGCUGAUGUGGAGCCUGUGUGCCCUGCUCUGCCUCUCCCUCUGGGAGCAAAGUUACUGCAGGAGCUCCAGGGAAGCCCGGAGGACCAAAGAGGCUUCUCUCCACAGGAGUAAAAGAGCCCCCAUCGACCCUGAUGCCAAAAAGUGUUCCUACACCUUCCUUGUGCCUGAGCAGAAAAUCACAGGUCCAAUCUGUGCCAGCACGACAGGCCCGCAGCCAGACAAGGACAGAGUGACCCGUAUGGACAUUGCAGAUGUGCGGGAGGUGCUCAGCAAACAGCGGCGUGAGAUUGAGACGCUGCAGCUGGUGGUGGACGUGGAUGGUAACUUGGUGAAUGAGAUGAAGCUGUUGCGGAAAGAGAGCAGAAACAUGAACUCCAGGGUGACCCAGCUCUAUAUGCAGCUGCUGCAUGAGAUCAUCAGGAAAAGAGACAACUCUCUGGAGCUGGCCCAGCUGGAGAACCGCGUCCUCAAUGUGACCUCGGAGAUGAUGCGACUGGCUUCAAGGUACAGGGAGCUGGAGGCCAGGUUUGCCGUGAUGGCCGGGGUGGUCAACAACCAGUCCAUUCUCAUCACUGCACUGGAGGAGCAGUGUAUGAGGACACUGGGGCGCAGUGAGCUGCCUGUGGUCCCCCCGCUGGUGCAGGUGGUGCCGCAGAAUAUACCAGUUAACAAUCGCUUCACCAAUGAGAUACAGAGGGACAAUAAUAACCGCGCCUUUCCCCGAGGAUCACGCAUGGGAAAGGACGCCCCUACUCCAAGCCCAUUUGGGAUUGACCCUCCGCCGCCACAAGGAACACUUACAUCUGAUGGUCCCUUCAGAGACUGUUACCAGGUGCGACAGGCAGGCCACACCACCAGUGGGAUGUACCUGCUUAAAACAGACGGCAAUGAACGCUUGAUCCAAGCUUGGUGCGAACACGGCCUUGACAACGGAGGAUGGACCGUGUUGCAAAGGAGGAGAGACGGAUCUGUCAACUUCUUUAGAAACUGGGAGAACUACAAGAGAGGCUUUGGAAACAUAGACGGCGAGCACUGGCUCGGGCUGGACAAUAUUUACAACCUGGGGAAACAGGGCGACUAUAAGCUGAUGAUAGAGCUGGAGGACUGGACGGGGAAGAAGGUGUAUGCAGAGUACAGCAGCUUCCACCUGGAGUCAGAGAGCGAGGGUUAUCGCCUGAGGCUCGGCACCUACCAGGGCAACGCCGGCGACUCCUUCAGCAGUCACAACGGCAAACAUUUCACCACGCUUGAUCGCGACAAGGAUGCAUUUUCUGGUAACUGCGCCCAUUUCCAUAAGGGCGGCUGGUGGUACAAUGCAUGCGGCCAGACCAACCUGAACGGCGUCUGGUACAGCGGCGGAGUUUACCGCAGCAAAUUUCAGGAUGGAAUCUUCUGGGCGGACUACGGAGGAGGUUUUUACUCCCUCAAGUCAGUCCGCCUCAUGAUUCGACCGAUUGACUGAAACAUCAGACUGCAGCUUCCUUCAAGUGCACCUCAGUUUUUUUCCUUAUCUUUAUCUCCCCAUAAACAAAGACUGUAAAGGCAGAGCCGGGAAUCCCUGCCAUCCUACAAGGGUGCCUCACAAUAAACGGAGGAAGAGACGGUGGCGUGUUUAUGGCCAGACAAUAAAGACUCCAGCAGUCUGCGCAGUGGCUGGCUCCCAUGUUGACUUUGAUGUGAAGACUGAUGCCAUUGCCCUCCCUGAGUAACUGCUCUCCUCCACCUCUAGAAAUGGUCCAUCAAGCUCCCUGGGAUCAUGAAGUAUUACUCUUAAAUGUCCUGUUUUACUCAUUCCUGUUGAAACUCAGUAUGUAAUAAAAGGGAAAUGGUCAUUUACAAAAUGAGAUUUCUUCUGAGCAGCUAACGAACGUAGUGUCGCCCAUACCAAAGGGUAGCGGAUGUACAAGGAUGUUAAACUAUAGUAGCAUGAAAAGUGAUGAAGUUUAAAAGUUAUGUUUCCGGUUAGAGUCUCUGACAAUCAAGGACUUGCUAAACCUACUGUUUACUCAUUUCUGGGUUUCGUCUGGACUUUUGGGAGAUUUCUUCGACCUCCAACAGAAAAUGAACUGGUGCAACAGUGCACUAGUCCGAUGUGCAUAUGGCUUAGCUGGCUUUGGUAUGUAAAUAUCUUUGGCUUUAUUUGUGAAAGGUAAUUUAAGAGGUGUGACUCUACUCAGGCCGAAUGUUCACAAUGUCGUCACUCUGCCAUUCUUUGUUAUUUAUCAGUGUAUUUAUAGAAAGUAUAGUCAUGGCCAUUUUAUAUCUAACCCUUUAAUAAAACAACUGUUACAUUUUUUUUAACCCAAGUAGAGAUACUUUAAUGACACUUGAUUAAAGGCACACAAACACACACACACAAACAAACAAACACGCACGCACGCACACACACACACACACACACACGCACAGAGAUAGUCGGCACCAAUAAAUCCAGAGUGGAUGUCUAGUUGGGAGUAUGAGACAUGCACUGCCUGUUUUCAUCAAAUUAAAUUUGUUUGUAAACAUUGAA